AUGGCUUCAGAUUGUUUCUCCUCUACCUUCUGUGAGGCUCCCAGUGAUCAGUCUCCCAAUCAAACCCAGCUGGACUCCAUAUUUAUGGUGCUGGAGGACUACAUUGUGACUUUUAUAAAAAAUGAGUUAAGGAGGAUCCGUGAUGAACUAAGUCCAUUUGACCUAAAUUGUUCAGAGAGCAAGAGAUAUGAUGAGCAGCUAGAAGAUGAGGAUGAAGAGAAAUCCAGAAGCAGCAGAGAGGCAAUGGUGAAUAUCACUAUAAGCUUUCUGAGGAGGAUGGGGCUGAAGAAACUGGCUGACCAGCUGCAGAGCAGUAAGAUGACUUAUAAUCCUCCUAUUUGUCAAAAUAAACUAAAAUCUUCCCUGAAGAAGAGGUUCCAGUGUGUGUUUGAGGGAAUUGCAAAAGCGGGAAGUCCAACCUUCCUGAACCAGAUCUACACAGAACUUUUCAUCACAGAGGGGGGGGCUGGAGAUGUUAAUGAUGAACAUGAGGUCAGACAGAUUGAAGCAGCAUCCAGGAAAUCACACAGACUAGAAACAACCAUCAGACAAGAAGACAUCUUUAAAGUCCCAUCUGGAGGAGAUGGACCAAUUAGAACAGUGAUGACUAAGGGAGUGGCUGGCAUUGGGAAAACAGUCUUAACCCAGAAGUUCACUCUUGACUGGGCUGAAGGCAAAUCCCAUCAGAACAUCCAGUUCAUAUUUCCAUUCACCUUCAGAGAGCUGAAUGUGCUGAGAGGGAAAAAGUUCAGCUUGGUUGAACUUGUUCAUUACUUCUUUACUGACACUAAGAAAAUCAGUGACUUUGGACCCUUUCAGGUUCUGUUCAUCUUUGAUGGUCUGGAUGAAAGUCGAGUUCCUCUGGAUUUCCAUAAUAAAGAGAUGCUGACUGACGCUACAGAAUGUACUUCCGUGGAUGUUUUGCUAACAAACCUCAUUAGGGGGAAACUGCUCCCAUCUGCUCACCUUUGGAUAACAACACGACCAGCAGCAGCCAAUCAGAUCCCUCCCGAGUUUGUUGGCAUGGUGACCGAUGUCAGAGGAUUCACAGACCCACAGAAGGAAAACUAUUUCAGGAAGAAGUUUAGAGAUGAAAAGCUGGCCAGCAGGAUAAUAUCCCACAUGAAGACAUCACGAAGCCUUCAAAUCAUGUGUCACAUUCCAGUCUUCUGCCUGAUCACUGCUACAGUUCUGGAGGAUGCAAUAAAGAAGGGAGAGGGGGGAGAGUUUCCCAAGACCCUUACAGAGAUGUACAUUCAUUUCCUGGUGGUUCAGAUAAAAGUGAAGAUGGUGAAGUAUGAUGGAGGAGCUGAAACGGAUCCACACUGGAGUAGAGACAACGUGAAGGUGGUUAAAUCUCUUGGAAAAUUGGCAUUCCAUCAGCUGCAGAAGGGAAACCUGAUCUUCUAUGAAUCAGACCUGACAGAGUGUGGCAUCGAUAUCGAAGCUGCCUCAGUUUACUCAGGAGUGUUCACACAGAUCUUUAGAGAGGAGAGAGGGCUGUACCAGGAGAGAGUAUAUAGCUUUGUCCAUCUGAGUGUUCAGGAGUUUCUGGCUGCUCUUUAUGUUCAUUGGACUUUCAUGAAAUUUGGUGAAAACCUGAUUGAAGUAACACCAGCAACCUCAAAGAAGCAUACCUUCUUUCAAAUGCCAAAAUUAAAGUCCCUUCACCUGACAGCUAUUGACCAGGCCUUACAGAGUCCACAUGGACACUUGGACUUGUUCCUUCGUUUCCUUCUGGGAUUGUCCAUGCAGACCAAUCAGAGACUGCUACGUGGUCUGCUGGCACAGACAGAAAGGCACUCUCAGACCAACCAAGAAACAGCUCAGUACAUCAAGGAGAGGAUCAGUGAGAAUAUGUCUGCUGAGAAAAACAUCAAUCUUUUCCACUGUCUGAAUGAACUAAAUGACAGCUCUCUUGUUGAGGAGAUCCAAAAAUCUCUUAGUUCAGGAAGUCUUUCCUCUGAUAAUUUAUCUCCUGCUCAAUGGUCAGCUCUGGGUUUCAUCUUACUUUCAUCAGGGGAAGAUCUGGAUGUGUUUGACCUGAAGAAAUACUCUGCUUCAGAAGACGUUCUUCUGAGGCUUUUGCCAGUGGUCAAAGCCUCCAACAAAGCUAUACUCAGUGGCUGCAACCUCUCAGAGAAAAGUUGUGAAGCACUAUCCUCAGUUCUCAGCUCCCAGUCCUCUAGAGUCACAAACCUGGAUCUAAGUAACAAUGAUCUCAAGGAUUUGGGAAUGCAGCUUCUGUUUGCGGAAUGGAAGACUUCAAAGUACAUCCUGGAAACUCUGAGUUUGAACUGCUGCAAUCUCUCAGGGAAAAGCUGUGAAGUUCUUUCUUCAGUUCUUGGCUCUCAAGCUUUGAGUCUAAAAGAACUGGACCUGAGUAACAACGACCUGCAGGAUUCGGGAGUGAAGCUUUUAUCUGUUGUACUGGAGAGUCCACACUGCAAGCUAGAAAUUCUCAGAUUGUCGGGAUGUUUAAUCACAGAAGACGGCUGUUCUUCUCUGGCCGAUGCUCUGAGUUUGAGCCAUUCCAACCUGAAAGAGCUGGAUCUGAGCUACAACCAUCUUGGAGAGCAUGGACAGACGGAGUUGGUGGUUGCACUUUCUGAUCCCAGGUUUAGACUAAACACUCUCAGGGUGGAGCCUAAUGGAGUCCAGUGGAUGACACCAGGUCUAAAGAAAUAUUCCUGUCAACUCACUAUCGACAGAAACACUUUGAACAGAGAGCUCAUACUGUCUGACAACCGCAGGAAAGUGACCCGCAUGGGGAAGAGUUUGUCUUAUGCUGAUCACCCAGACAGAUUUGAUGUUCCUCAGCUGCUGUGCAAACCUGGUCUCACUGGUCGUUGUUACUGGGAGGUUGAGGGAAAAGGAGAAGUGGAUAUAUCUGUGAGCUACAAGGGAAUCGGAAGGAAAGGAUACAAGAAUGAUUGCUGGUUUGGGAAGAAUCAACAUUCCUGGAGUCUGUCCUACUCUGAUACUGGUUAUUCCGUCUGGCACAAUGCCAAAAAAACAACCGUAUCCUUCUCAACCGCUUCUUCCCAUUCCACCUUCUAUGUCACCAACAAGGUAGCAGUGUAUUUAGACUUUCCAGCAGGUGUUCUUUCUUUUUUUAGAGUCUCAUCUGACACCCUGAUCCAUCUGCACACCUUCAGCACCACAUUCACUGAACCCCUUUAUGCUGGAUUUACAGUCUUUCCUAAUUCAUCAGUGUUCCUGUGCUGA